ACCGGCAGCGAACCACCGGAGCUCAUCCACCUCCCAAAUCUCUCAUCAUGUCGACGGCGGCUGCAUCUCGGCCCAGCGGCUCCAUCCUUUUGACUCCCUUUCCCAACUACCAAUCCGCCUCGCUCUCUCGCGUCAAGCUCCCCGCCGCCGGCGCCGGCCGCUCGCCAAGCAAGUCCGUCAGCGCCUCGUCUCCCCGCUCCUCCCCCGCGGGCGGCACCGCCACCCCGAAGACCCGUCGGACAUGCAUGUGCUCUCCGACAAACCACCCGGGCUCGUUCCGCUGCAGCCUCCACAAGGAACGCAAGCAGAAGGUCCCGGCCGCAGGCAGCUGCAGGAAGCCAUCCUCCCCGCCUUCGCCGCCGUCGAAGCGCACGGCCAGCCCGUUCGCGCAGCUCGGCCCCAUCGGCAGCGGCUGCGCCAAGGGCACGGGCCGCACGCUCCCACAGCUCGCUCCCAUGGGGAGUGGGCACUGGGCGCGCAGGGCGCUCGCGCCGUCCCCCACGGCGCAGCAGGUGCAGUACAGAAAGCGCGCGAGCCGGUUCCACCCCGGGCCCAGCAGUCUCUCCGCAGCCUCCAUGGCCGGCCACCGCGCAGGCGGCAGCAUCCAGUAAAAAAACAGCGUCGACAUGCCAUACUAGUACAUACUGCACAAACUGUUCAUAGGAAAGAAAUUCCCCGAAUAAUUCCGAUCGCUGUAUAGAAGGAAGAUCGGUGGGGAUCAGGCCGGGAGAUUGGAGUUUUUAAGACCCAAUUUGAUUCCGGCCUGUUCAAUUAGCUGUAGAUAGAGUGGCUGUACAUAUUCCUGCCGCUGUACAUAGAGUGAUCGUCUUCCUCCUCCCCGCUGCACAUAGAGUGAGUUCGUCUUCCCUGCUCCACUUGUACAUAGAGUGAGCUCUCUGCCCGCUGUGUAUAACUCCCUGAGUUUGGUUUUGGAUAUACAUCAAUGCAAUGAGUGACAAAUUGGAGACACAUA